AUGGGGCUUGUCUCAGCUCUCCGCAGGGUCCUGGGCACGUCAAAGCAGGGCCCACGGCCCAGGAGCAGGAAGCGCAGUGGGGGAUCAGGGCUGGCGGGGGAGAGCCCCGUGCGGGGCGUGGUGCGCAGCACGGGCGGCUUCGCCCUGGGCAUGACCCUGGCCAGCCUCUACGGUGCCCUGGUGCUCUUCGCGGAGAGUUACAACGUCUGGUACUGCCUGGUGUCCACCGCCAGCCUGGGCGCCGGCCUGGGGCUGGGCAUGGCCUUCUCCAGCAAGGUGCGCGUCACCGUCCUGCUCAUGCUGCCCCACGUCUUCUCCAAGGAGGGGAAGCACAUGCUGCUGCUGGUGGCGCUGGGCAUGGCCAUGCAGGGGCCCUGCACCAACAUCCUGCGGAACUUCGCCCGGGCGGCCCAGUCCGUGUCCUGCGGAGCCGAGCUCACCCUCAACCAGACGGCCGAGCUGCUGCAGAAAGCCAGGGAGCCGCUGCUCAGCGCACUGACCAGGAUCAAGGCCAUUGCCCAGAAGGCCAAGGUGGUGGGCGACCGCGUCCGCAAGUUCUUCCGCGCCGUCAUGGACUCCGUGCGGCACGUUGCCCGGGCCCUGCGGAACGUGUGGUACUGGCUGGUGCACGUGGGCGAGGUGUGCAACCAGGACCUGGGCGCCCCCUACACCAAGUGCCUGCGGCUCUUCGACACAGCCAAGGAUGAGUGUGAGCGCGUCAUCCCCGCCCUCUUCUUCCUCUGCUACAUCCUCCUCCUCUUCAAGCCGCUCUGCGGCCUGGCCAAUGCGCUCCUGGUCUUCUGCGUCAUCCCCCAAUACGUGCAGCCCUUCCUGCGCAGGAGAGUCGUGGCCCCUGUCCUGAAGGUGCUGAGCCGCGUGCGCAGGGAGUUUGAGUUCAACAUCUCGGCCGUGCACCAGUUUGACGUCAGCCUCAACUCCACCAAGAGCCUGGCCCAGGUGGCCCUGGACAUCAUGGAGGCCGUUGGGCUGCGGCUGCAGCCAGCCCGCGAGGUGCUGGGCCUCUUCGCACACGUCUCCUCCUGCGUCCUCCUCUACCUGUACCUGCAGGCCCUGCUCUAUCGCAGACGGUACCUGCACGACGACGACUUCGACAACAUCUACAUCACGGGGCGCUUCCUGGCCAUGGACGUGCUGCGGGCGCAGCAGGGCAGGCCCACGGUGCUGCCCCUCUCCGCGCGGGAGAGCACCAAGUACAUCUGCCCGGGCUCCCCGUUCCUGUCGCGCCGGGAGCGCUUCGGUUACAGCCUGGCCCUGGCCGGCGUCCUACGCCAUGUGCUCCUCGGCCUCGCCCUCAUCCUCCUCGACUACGGGGUCUUCUGGCUGCUCGACCUGGUCCGCUACCAGCUGCAUGGCGAGAUCGUCGCCAGGGCCCCCGUAGUGAUGAGCGUCAGUGUGAACGGGACGGGCUACACGGGCGAGAUCUACCGCGACCUGGUCUCGGCGUUCGACUCCCUGCAGCGCGGCAACGUCAGCGUCCUGUCCCGCCAGUGCCGCCUGCGCCCUGCUGAGCCGGACUACCGCACCUACCUGCUCAUCGGACUCAUGUACGGUGUGUGCUUCUUCAUCGCUAUCUUCGGCAGCUACGUGGGGCGCUUGCGCAGGGUCAUCUGCGCCUCGUAUUACCCCUCCCGUGAGCAGGAGCGGACGUGCUUCCUCUACAACACCAUUCUGACACGGCGGACGGGCCUGGCGAGCUCCCUGCUCCGGGCCACGAGGCAGCGGGCAGCCGACGAAGGCCACACCAACCUGAUCCUCAUCCUCGCCUCCAAGUUGCCCCUGUGCGCCUGGUUGGCGCGGAGGAUGGGCGUCCACCAGCAGUACUGCAUGGGCUGUGGGCGCAUCAGCGGGGGGGCCGCCCGCCAGGACUUCAUCACCUGCAUCACCCCCGGCUGCAGAGGGAUCUACUGCAGGGAAUGUUACCAGCUGCUCAGCAACGUCUGCUCCAUCUGCAUGGCCCCCCUGGCCUACCAGGGCGACGUGGAUGAAGAGAUCGACUCCAGCGACGAGGAGACCGUGGGGCUGUGGCUGGACGCCGCGCGGGCGCUGCGGGGGCAGGAGCAGGAGCAGAGGCGUCGGCUGCGCCAGCUGCUGAGGCAACGCAUCCGGCAGGCGGUGCAGGGCCAGGGCUCCGGCCGGCGCCUGCCCCAGGACUUGGCUGCGUGGGUCUGGGCCCAGCUGGAGGAGGACGAGAGUGGAGACAGCACUGGGGCCAGCAUGCCCAGCCCCAUGGCAGUGGCUGACGACAGCUCCAGCGACCUGGACUUCAGCUACCAGGACCAGCCCGAGGGCAGUGACGGGGAGGGAGGGGCCCUGCCGGGGCCCAGCCCCCCAGAGGCAGGGGAGCUGGAGGAAGUGAAGAUGAUCCCAGAUCCCAGCCAGUGAGAGAAGCACCAGGAGCCGGGCCCGUGCCAAGGAGACAGAUGCACCGUGCGGGUGGGGGCACCGGGCAGAUGGUCCUGCCCGCCAAUGUCUGGCUGCAUCCCCCGUCUCUCUGGGGCCAGGGGCUACUGUUACCCUAGAAACCCCCAUUUACCUCCUGCCCCACCAGGGGGCGCUCUUGACCCUGCAGAGCCCAGGCCACCCCCCAGGGCCAGGAGCAGGAGCAGGAGAGGGCCAGGAGCC